AUGAGAUAUUUUACAAAGCCGAAUAUUAUUUUAGGUAAAGUCUAUGAUCCUGCUCUUCGCAGAAGUAAUUUUUACGGAUAUAAACUUGGAUGUGGUGACUGCAUUUCUAUGCGUAAUAAAAAUAUUCCAUGUAUGGCAUGCACUUCUAAUGCUUGUAAUAGAAGGAUAUUAUUAACAGAAGAAAGCAUAAUGUGCUGGGACGGAGAUAACGUUCUUACAUGUCCUAGGGAGAUAACUGGAAGAGCUUGCCAUUAUGCUGUAAUCAAGGAAACUAUAGUUAAACAAGGAUGUGGCCGUCCGGACCUGUCAAAGGAAAAAGAAACGGACAUACAGUUGCUUUUAUGUAUUCAUGAUAAUUUUUGCAAUACAAAAGAAGAAUUUGAAAGAGUACUUUUUUGCCUGAUUAAAGGCUGGGAUGAAUUGGAACCUAAGAGAAAAAUGUGUUAUGAAAAUGUAGGAAUGACUGACAGUCACCGUGAACCAUGUUUUAUUAAUCGACGUGAGGAUGGAAAAGUAAAACAAGGUUGUGGAGAGUGGAACAAGGCAUGUCCAGAUAAUAAAGAUACCGAAUUCUGUAAAUAUUGCAGAACAAAGAAUUGUAAUGACGAAAAAAUAAUACCCAAAUAUUGUUGGACAAAUUAUGGAAAAAUUAAAGUAAAUGGAGAUGUUCCUUGUUUUGUGGAAAGAACAAGAAAUCAUCAAAGUUUUGUUGUUUAG